CAAACAAGCAGUCAGUUCAGUCAAAAGACGGCCAGACCUCAGUAUAGAAAUUUCCUUUGGCUCGAUUGGUUGGUCGAUUUGGAGCUGUCGCAGGUCGAUCGUUGUUGUUAGUGUUCGCCGCGUCAUUUGACAUUGUUUUUCGAGGCGCCGCCGUCGGUUGCAACCUCACAGCGCGCGGCGCAGUUAAAAACGUAGCUGCAGCAACAAUUAGCAAAACAAGUGAAAUGCUAUGCUAGCAAAAUAUUAAAAUUAAAUAUAUUAAAGAGAAGAAAAAAAGAAACACUCAACCAAAAUAAGAAAGUUUUAGCUUAAACAAGAGUGAAAGAUGCAAAAAAACAAACUGAAUAAAAUUAAAAUGAGUGUGAGUCAACAGCAACAACAACAACAGCAAAUGAGUAAAUUAUAGUGACAAAAUAAAGCAGAAAACAGUGAAAAGUGACAGUGAAUAAUGUUGAGAGCUCCCACACAGCACAUCGUGCAACUUGGCUUCGGAACGAAGACAACAUCGACACCAACAGCAGCAGCAGCAACACCAAGUGGCAAGCAGCAGCAACAUCCGCGGAAAACCCUACUGCAAAGGCUUAGGCAGCAAAAUAAGCCUGUGGAAGAGACACAUGAUACAGAAUAUUAUUUCACGCAGCAAAAGCAACAUUCAGGUGACAAAAGUUUACUUUUUCUGGUAGCCUCAAACUCGGAGCAAUUGCUAAAGAAACCCAAGAAAAAGAAGGAGCCAAGCAGCUACAAUUUCACGGCGGCUCUCAGGCGCAACAAGAAGCCAAAACCAGCAACAGCAGCAGCAACAGCAUUAGCCACAUCAACCGACGACGACGACGGCAGUUGUCGCAGCAUCAACAGCAACAGCAGCGGCAGUGCCAGCAGCAGCAACAGUUUGUCUAAUAGUUGCAUUAACAAUCAUAACAACACUCAUUAUAGAAACAGUAAAAACAGCACUCACACCAGCAACAAUAACAACUACAUUGGUAAUUACAAUUGCAAAACAAGUGAACAACAAGCGUGGAAAGCAGCAGAAAUACAACAGCAGCAGCAGCAGCAGCAACAACAUCAAAAGCAGCAACAGCAACACCAAAAGCAGCAACAACUGCUCAUUAGCAGGCCAAGCGAUCGACAUUAUCCCAGCAGUGGUGGCCACAUCAUGUCACCCACUUCGCAGGCGCCCACCCGAACCUCUCUCUUCGAUUCCUGUCAUCGCAAGAUCCGUCUCAUUGGCGGGGGUCCAGUUGCCUUCUUGGGCGGAUUGGUUGCCAAGGCCCGUCGCAAGGAACGCGAUGGCGAUCAAAAUUCAACAGACACCAAAUUGUAUUUGGAGGAGAGUGUCCUAGAACGUAAAUUACCUGAAGCUGAUCUCAAAGCCUUAGUGGAUCUUCCAGCUGGUUUGGAUUACAAUGAAUGGCUAGCGUCACACACCUUGGCUCUAUUUGAGCACGUAAACUUGGUCUAUGGAACUAUUAGUGAAUUUUGUACACAAUCCGGUUGCGCCGAUAUGACCGGACCCGGCAACAGAACGUACUUAUGGUUCGACGAGAAGGGCAAGAAGACGCGCGUAGCAGCGCCUCAGUACAUCGACUAUGUGAUGACUUUCACCCAAAAGACGGUCAGCGACGAGUCGAUAUUCCCAACCAAAUACGCCAACGAGUUCCCCGGCUCGUUCGAGUCGAUCGCGCGGAAGAUACUACGCUUGCAAUUUCAUGUGAUAGCGCAUCUGUAUGCGGCGCAUUUCCGAGAAAUCGCGCUGCUCGGCUUGCACACCCAUCUAAAUCUGACGUUCGCGCACCUCACCGCCCUCCAUCGGCGCUUCAACCUGAUCGACGAGAAGGAGACGGAUGUUUUGCGUGAUUUAGAGGUGGCCCUACGCCUCACCGAUGACACUGGCGGCUGUCAGGAUGCCUCAUCCUCGUCGUCGGUCCAUGAGCACUCCUCCGCCACCGCUGCUGCCUCAGCCGGUGAUCUGCAGCAUCAUCAGCACCAACAGCAUCAACAGCAGCAACACCACAACAGCAGCAGCAACAGCAACAGCACCUCCUCGGCGGAGGCCCUGCAUGUCAAUUCACAAAGCAACAAUGGCAGCACAUCCGCCUCGGCAUCCGUCUCCCUGAUCGAUGGCGAUGCGGCGGCGCCGCCAAUUUGCACGCAGCCCGAAGCUGGGGCGGGCUGCAAGCCGGCCGGCAGCAGCGGUUUGCUUGGCGGUAUACUGGGCGACCUGACCAGCGGCGAGUUUGGUGAUACAACGCGCUACUGCACCUCGGCGGUUCCUCAGGCGGCGGCGACAGCUGCUGCUGCUGGUGCGGCAGCGGGAGCGGGUGGAGCGGCAACCGGAGGACCGGAUCCUGCCGCAUUGAACAAUGGCGCGGGCGCACUACAUUUAAACUUUAGCAACAAUAAUAACAAUAAUCAUAAUCUGAAUCACAUGAACCAUCACCUCCAUCACCAUCAUCACCAUGGACACGGGCACCAUGGCCAUCACCAUCAUGCGGCGCAGCAGCAGCAGUCGCAACAGCAGCAGCAGCACAGUGGGCUCAUACAGUGCAAUGCGGCAGGCGGUGGCGGCGGUGGUGUCGGAGUCGGUGGGGCCGCAGGAGCAGCGGCAUCCUCUACCACCACGGCAUAGUGUGUGCGGCAGCAGCAGGGCUAAGGAGGAGGCAGUAGUACCAGCAAGGGCGCCGCAGCAGCAACAGCCACAACAAAAAAAGAACAUUAGAAAUACUAGAUUUACGCAAAAAUGUUAUUUAAUGUUACAUCUAUGAUCCUAAAGUUGAAAAUAUUGUAAAAAUAAUAAAAAACGACAAAAAAAAUAAGAGAAAACA